GAAGCCGUAAACCUCCAUGACGCGAAAAUUCUGCGCCGCGAGGUGAUGCGAAGAUUUCCAGAAUGGGGACACAAGUGAAAGACGUUGUGAUCAAGCCUGACGCACCUAGUGAUCUGCUGUUAGAUAAACACGCAGACUACAUUGCUGCCUAUGGCUCCAAGAAGGAUGACUAUGAGUACACUCUGUCAGAGUACUUGAGGGUGAGUGGGAUCUACUGGGGUCUGACAGUAAUGGACCUGAUGGGUCAGCUGACACGAAUGAACCAACAGGAGAUCUCUGACUUCAUCAAGUCCUGUCAGCACGACUGUGGAGGUAUCAGCGCCAGCAUCGGACACGACCCCCACCUCCUGUACACGCUCAGUGCCAUACAGAUCCUGUGUCUUUAUGAUAAUGUUCAUAUCCUGGAUGUGGAUAAGGUUGUUGAGUAUGUCAAAGGACUGCAACAGGAGGACGGCUCCUUUGCUGGGGACAAAUGGGGUGAAAUAGACACACGCUUUUCCUUCUGUGCUGUGGCAACCCUGGCAUUGCUGGGGAAGUUGGAUGCUAUCAACAUGAACAAGGCUGUGGAGUUUGUUCUCUCUUGUAUGAACUUUGAUGGAGGGUUUGGCUGCAGGCCCGGUUCAGAGUCCCACGCUGGACAGAUCUACUGCUGUACAGGAUUCCUGUCUUUAACAGGACAGUUGCACCAAAUUAAUGCAGAUCUUCUGGGCUGGUGGCUCUGUGAAAGACAGCUCCCCUCUGGAGGACUUAACGGACGUCCUGAGAAGCUGCCUGAUGUGUGUUACUCGUGGUGGGUUCUGGCCUCGUUGAAGAUCAUAGGGAGGAUCCACUGGAUCGAUAAAGCCAAGCUGAGGUCCUUCAUUCUGGCCUGUCAGGAUGAGGAGACGGGGGGCUUUGCUGAUCGACCCGGAGACAUGGUGGACCCGUUCCAUACCCUGUUUGGCGUGGCGGGCCUGUCUCUGCUGGGCGAUGAGCAGAUCAAGGACGUCAACCCGGUGUUAUGCAUGCCUGAAGACGUGUUGGAUAGGAUCGGCUUGCACCCUGACCUGCUCAGCUAGCCCUCCACGCGCACGCACACACAAACACACUCACAGAGACGGCCACGCGCACCACCUCACACCGGGGUUUGUGCCUGGUCAGAUCACUAUUCAGUCAAUUCAUCAAGUAGAAUAAAAUACACCUGUAUUACACCUGUAUUACACCUGUAUUACACCUGUAUUACACCUGUAUUACACCUGUAUUACACCUGUAUUACACCUGUAUUACACCUGUAUUACGAUGGUCAUUUUCUGAAUUGUCUGAAUCAAAGACUGAGGCCAACUCUGCAUCACAGCCACUACCCCACCACCCCAACCCCCCAUGCAGGGCCUUAGAGACCGGGGGUGUUGGGGGUCCAGAGAGAUGAUGAGUUACUCCAAGGACAUCUAACCAAAUCUUUGGUUAAUAAGCAUCUUCAGUAGAGAUUCUUCAUGGUGUUAGCCUUCUUUAGUCCGAGGCUUUUAUUUCGGGGGAAACCGGAUGAAACCCGUUCCAAUACAGCAGUCCAUUUUAGUGUGUAUGUUCUUUUUAUGUCUGUCCACGAUAAAUCAGGAUGAAGCUUUAAGUCUCUGCUUCCUCCUGGGUUCUGGCUUUGUCUACUGAAGCAGCCAAUUUAGACUGGCAAGUCUAAGGGCAAGGUCUUAGAAAGCACUGGAAUAUGAAAAGGGCAGCAUCCUAGAAAGUACUGAAUUUAGACCAGGGCAGGGUUUUAGAAAGUACUGAAUUUAGACCAGGGCAGGGUUUUAGAAAGUACUGAAUUUAGACCAGGGCAGGGUCUUAGAAAGUACUGAAUUUAGACCAGGGCAGGGUUUUAGAAAGUACUGAAUUUAGACCAGGGCAGGGUCUUAGAAAGUACUGAAUUUAGACCAGGGCAGGGUCUUAGAAAGUACUGAAUUUAGACCAGGGCAGGGUCUUAGAAAGUACUGAAUUUAGACCAGGGCAGGGUCUUAGAAAGUACUGAAUUUAGACCAGGGCAGGGUCUUAGAAAGUACUGAAUUUAGACCAGGGCAGGGUCUUAGAAAGUACUGAAUUUAGACCAGGGCAGGGUCUUAGAAAGUACUGAAUUUAGACCAGGGCAGGGUCUUAGAAAGUACUGAAUUUAGACCAGGGCAGGGUUUUAGAAAGUACUGAAUUUAGACCAGGGCAGGGUUUUAGAAAGUACUGAAUUUAGACCAGGGCAGGGUUUUAGAAAGUACUGAAUUUAGACCAGGGCAGGGUUUUAGAAAGUACUGAAUUUAGACCAGGGCAGGGUUUUAGAAAGUACUGAAUUUAGACCAGGGCAGGGUUUUAGAAAGUACUGAAUUUAGACCAGGGCAGGGUCUUAGAAAGUACUGAAUUUAGACCAGGGCAGGGUCUUAGAAAGUACUGAAUUUAGACCAGGGCAGGGUCUAAGGAAGCGUCCAAUAUCCGGAUUUGUAUGAUCUGGUCUCAUGGGGUUUUUGACACGCUGGUCCACCUUCCCUGGUUGGUAAUUUAUUGAACCACUCACCAGGUUACCUAAUGAAAACAUGAGUGUCAGUGAUGUUGUGGGCUUGAGGUCUGGAUUAAGGUAACCAUCCUCCACCCAACACAUGCACAUUAAAAAAUAUCAGUCACUGUGUUUUCAAAGCGCUAGCUGCUUUAACAACUGAGAGGACUCACUGACCAAAACCUGUUUGACUGCUUAUCCUGUAUGUUUUGUAUUAUGUCUCCGUAUAAAGCAAGUACUGACAGUAUGCUUUUUAAGGCAUGUAAAUGGGGACGGCAGAAUCAAGGUCGGACCUGAGACUGUGUCUGGUGGCAACAAGUUGUUAGCCUGGGUUCCAGUCCCUCUGUGUCUGGUGGCAUCAAGCUGUUAGCCUGGGUUCCAGUCAUGUUAUUUUGGCGUCUAUAGGACACAAAAUUUUGGUAUUCUUCAAAUGAAUGUCUUUAUUUUUCUCCUCAGAUCUUUGUUCGGAGCAGGUCUGAUUGGUCGAAAGGUUAUCCAAAUUGAGCUGCUUGUGCAAACGCAUCCAUGAUACUCGUUACUGAGUAGCAUCAAUCCAAAGUCCUGCUUAAAUGGUCUUGAUUUGUGUUCCUGCGCCCAAAUGGCAAGCUACUCCCGAUCUGUUGGACUUCUUUUGACCAUACCUGUUGGGCUUCUUUUGACCAGACCUGUUGGGCUUCUUUUGACCAGACCUGUUGGGCUUCUUUUGACCAGACCUGUUGGGCUUCUUUUGACCAGACCUGUUGGGCUUCUUAAGUAGGGCAAUCGUAUGGAAGUGGUGUCAUUUGACCCUUAACCUGUGUUACAGUGAUAACCACUUUAACUGUGGUCAGCAUUUAUUUAGAGAAUCGCUGUUUGUUUUUCAGGAUUGUGCUGAGACGGUUCUUGAUGCUACUGUGGUCAGUCAUUCUGUUUCACUGUUGUUUCCUUUAACAUUUCCACCUAUCUGCUGUUAUGUAAUGGAGAAUAAUACACAGUUUGUGACUGUCUAUGUAUCUGCAACAGAAUGUGUUACCAGUCAUCUUCUAGGAGGCAAUAAAUACAUAAAUUAUUCCGUAAUCCA